AUGACAGUGGUUCCCGGGGAGAACCUGGAUGAGACUGUGGCUCUGGCCGGGCUGUCCGCGCAGGAUGUGUACGCGCCGGCGGAGAGAGCGUCGCCGGAGACCCAGCUGGACCACCACCAGGAGUGCUGCGAGCGCGUGGUCAUCAAUAUCUCCGGGCUGCGCUUCGAGACGCAGCUCAAGACGCUCGCGCAGUUCCCCGCCACGCUGCUGGGGAACCCGGUCAAGCGAAUGCGCUUCUUCGACCCUCUUCGCAACGAGUACUUCUUCGACCGGAACCGGCCGAGUUUCGACGCCAUCCUGUACUACUACCAGUCCGGCGGGCGGCUGCGCCGACCCGUCAACGUGCCUGUGGACAUCUUCAUGGAGGAGAUUAAGUUCUACGAGCUGGGCGAGGCGGUGAUCGAGAAUUUCAAAGAGGACGAGGGGUUUAUUAAGGAGGAGGAGCGCGCGCUGCCGGAGAGCGAGUUCCAGCGGCAGGUCUGGCUCCUGUUCGAGUACCCGGAGAGCUCGGGGCCGGCGCGGGGCAUCGCCAUCGUCUCCGUGCUCGUCAUCCUCAUCUCCAUUGUGAUCUUCUGCCUGGAGACUUUGCCCGAGUUCCGCGAGGACGCCAGGACGAGUUUUGACGAGCCAGCGCUCGCCGGGAACGGGAACGGAACCGCGGCGCGCGCAAAGACGAAAGCGAACCCCUUCACGGACCCGUUCUUCAUCGUGGAGACCCUGUGCAUCAUCUGGUUCUCCUUCGAGCUGCUGGUGCGCUUCCUCGCGUGCCCGAGCAAAGCGGCGUUCUUCAAGAACAUCAUGAACACCAUCGACAUCGUGGCCAUCAUGCCGUACUUCAUCACGCUUGGGCUGGAGCUCGCGGAGCACCAGGGCAACGGGCAGCAGGCCAUGUCGCUCGCCAUCCUGCGCGUCAUCCGCCUCGUGCGCGUCUUCCGCAUCUUCAAGCUGUCCCGCCACUCCAAGGGGCUGCAGAUCCUGGGCAAGACGCUGCAGGCGAGCAUGCGCGAACUCGGCCUGCUCAUCUUCUUCCUCUUCAUCGGCGUCAUCCUCUUCUCCAGCGCGGUGUACUUCGCGGAGACGGACGACCCGGACUCGGGCUUCAGCAGCAUCCCGGACGCCUUCUGGUGGGCCGUGGUUUCCAUGACGACCGUGGGCUACGGGGACAUGUGUCCAGUGACCAUCGGGGGGAAGAUCGUGGGCUCGCUGUGCGCCAUCGCCGGCGUGCUGACCAUCGCGCUGCCGGUGCCAGUCAUCGUGUCCAACUUCAACUACUUUUAUCACCGGGAGACGGAGCACGAGGAGCAGUUCCAGUACACGCACGUGACCUGCGGGCAGCAGCAGCAGCAGCAAGUGCAGUUCGGGGAGUUCAACAGGAGCGACAGCAAGCCGUCUCUGUGCAAGUCGGACUUCCUGGACAACGACGCGGACGCGGACUCCAUCAAAUACACCAACUGCAGCCCGCGCAAAACCUACACCGGGAAGCUCACAGACGUCUGA